GGGAGCUCCUAUUUUUUUAUAUUUAAAAAAAAUAGUAGUUUAUACUUAUGUGUAGAUUAUAAAAGUUUUAAUAAAAUAUUUAUUAAAAAUUACUAUUUUUUAUUUUUUAUUUUAAAGAUCCUUAAUAGAGUUUUAAAUAAUAAAUAUUUUUUAAAGAUUAAUAUCAAGGAUGCCUACUACUGA